AUGGACGUCUACGUCGUCGUGGCGCCGACGCCCGCGGCCACCGAAGGCAUCGCCGCGCUCUUGGCCUCCAGUUCGGUCAUCCGCAUCCAAGCUCUCUCGGGCGCGGUGCUCACGCUGGACGAAGUGCACCGCCACGCCGUACAGCAGCAGCAAGCGUGUUCCUGGGUCGUGCGAAGAGCAAACGACGAGCUUGACGCGCUGUUACCGACUGCGCCGUUGCGGCUACGCGAGCUCCAAGUGGCGUUGGACGAGGCAGAAACCCGCUGUCACUCGAUGCAGCUCGAGUUUGCCCAGUUCCAACAAGACGUUCAGGAGCUCCAGGCGCAAUACGCAAAAGUCUCCGAGGUGCACCAGCGCGUGUUGUGGGAGUACCUCCCCGCGCACGACCCGUCGAUGGCGAGCAUUCCGAGUGUUUCGUACAACGUCGAAGAGACCGUCCAUGCUAUUGGCAAGUACACGAUCCAAGCGACCAUCGGCGAGGGCCAGUACGCGUCGGUGUUUGCAUGUUGCGUGCGGCCAGACGCGCCGGCCGACCCGUCCUUUACAGCGCUAGCUCCGUCGCCGCCGCUCGCAGUCAAGGUCAUUGAGAAGGCCAAGCUCUUGGAUGUGCUGGCGCUCCAGCGCAUCCAGAUGGAGAUAUCAGCGCUCUCGGACCCGCUCUUGCGCCACCCGAGCGUCCUCUACUUGCGCGACAUCAUCCACACACCAAAGUUCAUGUACUUGGUGACGGACCGCGGCGGCAAAGACCUCUUCGAGUACUUUGGCGCGCACGAGAAUGGCAUCUCGGAGGCCACCGCCGUCCACGUCAUGUUCAAGAUCGUCGACGCGAUCCGGCAUUUGCACACGCACGGGUACUGCCACCGCGACCUCAAGCCCGAAAACAUUCUGUUUGCGCCCGAGUCGGCCAGCGUCAAGAUCGUCGACUUUGGCUUGUGCUACCGCGUGGCCCGCGGACGAAAGCCGCUGAGCGACUUUUGCGGCAGUCCCGGCUUCUUUGCGCCGGAAAUCCUCCUCGCCGAGACGUACGACGGGUUCAAAGCCGAUGUGUGGAGCCUCGGGUGCAUUCUUCUCGAGCUCUUGCUCGGCAAUACCUUCUUCUUGUCGGUGUGGAUGACGGCGUAUUCGCUCGACGUCCUCGGCGACCGCGCUCUGUACCGCGAUACCAUCCAUGCGAACCUCGCCAAGCUACGAGACGCCCUCGACGCACCAGCCAUGCAGCUCUACUCGCCGCCGAUCAAAGAGCUACUGCUGCUCAUGCUCGAUGCGUCGACCAAAACCCGCCUUGGAAUUCAGGACGUGUACGAACACCCCGUGUUUGAGGCGCAGCGACGCAAGAAGCAGCCGCACCCGCUCGUCAAGAGCAGCAGCAGUGUCGUCGAAGCAAGUGGACCGCCGCGCCUCGCCGUCCAAGGUCACGUGCACAUUCAUCCGAUGAGCCACCAUCCACCAUCGCCGCCCCGACCGCGCUCGGAAGAGCCCCCAACGACGGGCAAGGUCAUUUUGCCCGCGAUUUCAAAAACGAGUCCGGACAAGCCACGGUAG